CGUGAUGACGCAAUUUUUGCCUCGUUGGAAGGUGGUUUCAGUAGGAAGCGGUCUGACAGUGUACAGCGGCAGCUGAAAAAAACCUGAGUAGCGUAACCAAAAGACACUCGGACGCACUCCUCGAAUGGUAUUUCGUCUUUUGCCAUCAAACGAUGUCAAUAGCAGAAGAUCUUCCGGACAUGGAUGGAGCAGACCUGUUUGGACUGCUGUUCCAUGAUGGAGAGAAUGGAUCCACUGAGCCCUUCUUUUCUGAUGGGAAUGGGCUCAUUGAGUCAUGGCUGUCUGAACAAGAUAUGCUGCCAGAUAUGGACACUGAGGAUUUUCUAUCCAGCUUGUUAGAUGGAGAGGACAACACGGAGACGAUCUCUCCCUCCCAUUCUCCACUGGGCAGCGACAGUGGCAUUUCAGACGACAACAGCUCCGGGGCUGGAAUUACCAACCAUGUUGGAUGCCCCAGUCCUCAUAGCAGUGAUAGCGAUGUUGUGCCCAGUCCCAGCUAUUCCCAGCCCAGCCCGGUGCACUCAGACCUUGCCGUGACAUAUUCUGAGGCACAAACAGAAAGCUUUGAGGCCUUAACAGUCCAAGCAGAUCACAGCUACUCUCUGCUGCAGAGCGGAGGGAGGGAUAUGGACAUGCUGCAGAGUGUGAGGGCAGAGAAGCCAGAUACAGAUGUCUUCAUUGAUCUGGAUGACCUUGUGACUGAGGCGAUGGAGGAGGAUGUCAGCAGUGAGCUGCCUUGCACUUUGGCCAUAGAGGACUCGAUACAAGAUACAACAGAGUCCAUCAAAGAAGACCAGUUCCAGUUUAAAGAGAUUGUGCUCACUGAGGAGGAGAAGCGGCUUUUGGCAAAAGAAGGAGUAACCAUUCCCCAACACAUGCCCCUCACUAAGGCAGAGGAGAGGACUUUGAAGAGGAUCAGAAGGAAGAUCCGCAACAAGCAGUCUGCUCAGGAGAGCCGCAAGAAGAAGAAGGUGUAUGUUGAUGGACUGGAAAACAGGGUGGCCAUCUGCACUGCACACAACCUGGAACUACAGAAGAAAGUCCAAAUGCUUCAGAAACAGAACAUGUCGUUGAUUGAACAGCUGAGAAAACUUCAGGCUAUAGUGAAGAUGUCAACCAUGAAGGCCAGCACAACCAGCACUUGUGUUAUGGUUUUCCUGCUCUCCUUCUGUCUGAUCAUCUUCCCAUCAGUCAAUCCGUUUGGUGGAAACACCCAAACAAAGGAGCUCUACACGCCCUCCUCAAUCGUCUCCAGGAGCCUGCGAUCACUGCCAGCUGAAAGCACAGAUGCCGUAUCCUCCUCUGAGACCAAAGAAGGUUUGUUAGUUCACCAAGUAGAGGUGGAUAAUGUUAAAGCCAUCUUUGCGGGCGGUCAGAAGAAUCACACUCCUGACUACGAGAGGGUGGAACAACCUGAUUCAGAAACGGGCGUCAACAGCAACUCUUCGGCAGACUUCCCGAGUCCUGCUCAGGCAGCAGAGAUGAAGCAGGGGCCAGCCGGGGCAUUACAGGAAGGAUCCAUCAAUGCUGUAGUGGCGUCUGCUGUCGCAUAUAAUGCGAAAGCUUCCAAGGAUGCCUGGAUAGACCGGAAUCCUCCGUCUGUCAUAUUACAGCAGCACCGCUCUGAUGAGAUGUAGUAAGGACAUGUUGUUCAGUAUAUCCAGCAGAGGGAGCUGUAUUCCUAAAUAUUUGGGUGCCAGAGGGAACAUUAAUAUUAAAAAAAGGGAGAAGGGAAUAAUGCAGUUAUUCUUCCAGAUAUAAGAUCCAUCUUUUCGUCCAUGCUUUUUCCUUCUGAAAGCCUUCUACUAGUUACUUUAUUUGCACUUUGUUCUUGUUUUCCUUCUCCAGUCAAAAGAAACUGGGGAGAUAUUUUAAUAUUUCAAAAGGACAUUGCAGAGAUUAAAUAAAUGCCUGCAUUACUAGAGGGCACAUGCUACUGAGUUAGCGCUGAGAGCUGUCAAAUUACCGUACAACAUGUCGAGCUUUGCCAAAAUUUGUGUGUUUAUUCUCCGGCACAGGAAUAAUUAAAGUGAAUGGGCAGUAAAUUACUUAAAGACAGAUAUGAAUUGAUGGCCCGACUGUCACUAAAUCUUGAGUGAAUUUGUCUGAAAAUGUCAAGCAGAUCUCAAUGCUAACAUAUGCUGCUUAUCAGUGACUUCCCAAAAAUCAUACUUAUCAUAGCCAUAGUAAAUUAUUAUGAAAAAUAGUCUAGUAGUUUGUGCUGCAAACUAGUCAGCAAUGUUUAUGAAGUAGUAGAAGAUAGAGUGCUUGAUUCUCAUGAAGCUUGAUCACCGUGGUUGUUUGACCACAGUAAUGCUUAAGCCAUUGCAGGACAUUUGGCCAUUUUAAAGACUUGUAAAGUUUGUCAUUAUAUCCCUUGUAACAAGGGUAUCCAUGCUCCUUUUAAUUUGUGAAUGCUUUGUUUUUAUGUUGUACAGUAAAGCAACACAAAAUGUGAUAAAAGAACCUGAAUCCUGGACUUAACCAUUGUUGGCUAACCAACUCUGUCCCUGCGAUCUUCUCUUUUAUAACUUCGCUGCACAAUUCUUACCUUCGUAAACUUGUCUGGAAUACCUUAGCACACGAUGAGCAGAAUAAGGGGUUUGACUUAUUUGCUCAGCAAACUUGCAGUAAAUAUUGCUCCAAAAUGUUAUGACCUGUUUUAUCAGUGAUGCAUUUUUUAUUUUUGUGUAUUUUUUCUUUGUUACUGUUGGUAUUGUAAAUGGUAUCGAGGCUACUUUUUGUUAUACUUGACAGGCAAUGAGAUUUUAAAUGUUAAUCAUUUUGAAGAAAAGCACUGGCAUUUGGUGUAGUCCAAGAAUGACAUGUAAAUAUAAAAAAAAAAGUGAUUGUAGCUCUUUAUGUACAUUUGAACACUUUAUGUAUAAGACAUGUCUGAACAACUAUAAUAAACUUUUUAUAUGUCAGAGUAAA